GAAAACUGAUGUCCUCCCUUUCCGAAGCAGUUUUCUCCAAAAGUCUGGAAGAGAUUCCUUGAUAGGAGGGGAGUUGGGUGGGGAAAGCUUGCGGUGGAGAAAAGUUGUCCCAUGCAGGCCGUGAGGUUGGAGCAGGUGUUCCGGAGGCGCGCGGUACGGAUCCCGGUGCGCCCUCCCCCGCCGUGUGAACUGGGGCAAAGUGCUCCUUCUCUGCCCUCCCUCUCCUGAUCUGUAGAAUGGGGGUGCUGACAGUGGCAGCUGCGUUGCGGGACUGGACGGUGUUGGCUGUCCCUGGCAUGCGGUGAAAUUCAGGGAGUUGCUGCUGCUGCCACGAAAGUCUACGCCCUUUUUCUCUGAGCCAGAGUGCCCUCGCACUUCUCUGGUCCUGUCUGCUCCCAGCUCCUUCUGACUUCCCUCCCUGAGGGCAAGUGCGGUCAUUCUCAUGGGGCGUAAGGAUUUCAGAGUUGGUGCUUCUCAUGGGUGGCAAGCAGAAGGGCUUCUCCCUCCUGGCUCCCUUUUUCUUCUUUCAGAUCUGCCUUCCGGAGGCUCCACCCAUCCUGGGGGAAGAGCCCAGAAAGAAGACAUGGCUAUUGGACAGAGGGAAGCAAGGCCUCGGGUGUCCGUGACAUUCGAGGAUGUGGCUGUGCUCUUUACGCGGGAGGAGUGGAGAAAGCUGGGUCCUUCUCAGAGAAGCUUGUACCAGGAAGUGAUGCUGGAGAACUAUAGUAACCUGGUUUCAUUGGGACUCCUGUUUUCCAAACCAAAAGUGAUCUCCCUGUUGCAGCAAGGAGAAGACCCCUGGAGGGUAGACAAAGAAAGUCCUGGAGGCCCCUCUCUAGGAUGGAAAAGCUGUCACAAAACCACGAAGUCAACUCAAACGCAAGAUUCUUCAUUUCAGGAGCUGGUAAUGAGAAGAUCCAAAAGGAAUGGACCCUGGGACUUUAAAUCAGAAAAACCCUGCACUUAUGAAUACAGAUUAGAGAAAAGGCAAGAGAAAAAAGAGAGUGUUCAGACAGUUUUAGUCACCCACAAAAAAAUCCUCACUGUAGAAAGAAGCCAUAAAGAUACUGAAUUUGGCCAAAAGUUCAGCCCAAAGUCAGUCCUUGUUAAGCAACAGAUGGUUCCCAGAGAAGAAACACCACCCAAAUGUGAAAUGCAAGGAAACCGCUUCAAACAGAAUCCGUAUUUACUUAAUCAACCAAAAACCAACACAGCAGAGAAACGCUAUAAAUGUAGUAUAUGUGAAAAAACCUUCAUUAACACUUCGUCCCUUCGCAAGCAUGAGAAAAACCAUAGUGGAGAGAAAUUAUUUAAAUGUAAAGAAUGUUCAAAAGCCUUUAACCAAAGUUCAGCUCUUAUUCAACAUCAAAUAACUCAUACUGGAGAGAAACCCUACGUAUGUAAAGAAUGUGGGAAGGCCUUCACUCUUAGUACGUCCCUCUAUAAACAUCUAAGGACCCAUACUGUGGAGAAAUCCUAUAGAUGUAAAGAAUGUGGUAAAUCCUUCAGCAGAAGGUCCGGCCUUUUUAUACAUCAAAAAAUCCAUGCUGGAGACAAUCCCCAUAGAUAUAAUCCGGGGAGGAAGGCAUCUGGCCUUUCUGGGUGUCAGAGAAUUCACCUCAGAAAAAAGUCCUAUUUAUGCAACGAAUGUGGAAAUACCUUCAAGUCCAGCUCAUCCCUGCGUUAUCACCAGAGGAUUCACACAGGAGAGAAACCUUUCAAGUGCAGUGAAUGUGGGAGAGCCUUCAGUCAGAGUGCGUCUCUUAUUCAGCAUGAAAGAAUUCACACUGGAGAAAAGCCCUAUCGAUGUAACGAAUGUGGGAAAGGUUUCACUUCCAUCUCCCGACUUAACAGACACCGAAUAAUUCAUACCGGUGAGAAGUUUUAUAACUGUAAUGAAUGUGGUAAAGCCUUAAGUUCCCACUCGACGCUUAUCAUUCAUGAAAGAAUUCAUACUGGAGAGAAACCAUGUAAAUGCAAAGUGUGCGGGAAAGCCUUCCGGCAGAGUUCAGCUCUCAUUCAGCACCAGAGGAUGCACACCGGAGAAAGACCCUACAAAUGCAACGAGUGUGGGAAGACAUUCAGGUGCAACUCCUCCCUUAGUAACCAUCAGAGAAUUCACACAGGAGAGAAACCGUAUCGAUGUGAGGAAUGUGGGAUAUCUUUUGGCCAGAGUUCAGCUCUUAUUCAGCAUCGCAGGAUUCAUACAGGAGAGAAGCCCUUUGAAUGUAACACGUGUGGGAAAACUUUCAGACAGAGCUCAUCACGGAUUGCCCAUCAGAGGAUUCAUACUGGAGAGAAACCCUAUGAAUGUAAUACAUGUGGGAAACUUUUCAACCACAGGUCAUCUCUUACUAAUCAUUAUAAAAUUCAUAUUGAAGAGAACCCCUAGAAAGUAGAUUUGCAUGUGCAAAAGCCUUAAACCAAAGCUCCUCAGAAUACAUGAGUGAAAUAACAAAUGUCAUAGAUAGGAAAAAUCUUCCUGUCUAGGAAAAACACAGGCCUAAUCAGAUACCAGAUUCCAAGGAUAAUCCUAGACUAUGUAAUAGAUAGUGAGGAAAGUAGAAAGCGUUUGUGCCUGUCAGGCACUUUUUAAAAUAACCUAAAAUGAAGAAUUCACUACUGGAGACCCUUCAGGCAUUUGUAAAAUAAUUAUUCUCUUUCUACAGCAGUGUAUGCUAAAGGUCAUAUGUGAUUGUCAUAAACAUCUGGGUGAGGGGAGGUGUGCCCUGAAUUUCUCAUUAAAAAGCCACUUCUAAAUCGGUAAUCUUUUUUUUUUUUUACAACACUUCAAUAGCAUAUAAAAGAUGUUAUCAAAUUAUACACUUCUAGAGAAAAGGACCAAAUAAAAGAUUAAAAAAGAACUAUAAACUACCUCUCAGGUUUCUGGGGUUUGUCCUUUUCCUGACCUGGUGUCAAUUCUGUGCAUGGAUUUCGUUUACAAGUAGAAAUAAAAGUCUCUUCUCUUCA